AUGCUGGCGAACAGUGAACGUGUACUUAUUGGGAACAUCAAAAUCGCCCGGAGUCUUUUCAAAUUUGUCGAUGAAGAAGUGUUACCCGGUACUAACAUCGAUCCAGACGCGUUCUGGAAGGGCGCAGAAUCCAUAAUAACUGAUUUAUCUCCUGAAAAUCAGAAACUCUUGCAAACACGCGAUUCUUUACAAGUCCAAAUCGAUCAAUGGCAUCGAACACAUCCUGGGCAACAUACCGAUAUCGGUACAUAUAAGAAGUUUCUAUUCGACAUUGGCUAUUUAUCCGCACGUCAACACGAAGAACAAUUUCAAAUAACAACAACAAAUGUCGAUGAUGAAAUCGCUUGUCAAGCGGCGCCACAACUUGUUGUUCCAUUAAUGAAUGCUCGAUUCACUCUUAAUGCUGUUAACGCUCGUUGGGGAUCAUUAUAUGAUGCAUUGUAUGGUACAGAUGUGAUUUCCGAAGACGAUGGCUGUGAGAAGAGUAAUACAUAUAAUAAAAAGCGAGGUGACAAAGUCAUCGCCUAUACACGAAAAUUCCUUGAUCAAUCAAUUCCACUGACAAACCAUGCAUCACAUGCGAAUGUUGUGAAAUAUCAUAUCGCGAAUGGCGAACUGAAAGCUACGUUACAAGAUGGGGGUGUCACUCAACUUCUCUGUCCUGAUCAAUUUAUUGGCUAUCAAGGUGAUUUGAACGAACCUCACAGCAUUCUUUUCCUUCAUCAUGGCCUUCAUAUUGAAAUUGUAAUUGGUUUGACCAAUGAUACUAACAAUCCAAAUGAUCCGGUUAAUAUCAAGGACGUUUUCAUUGAAUCAGUAUUGACGACAAUCGUCGAUUGCGAAGAUUCAGUUGCUGCUGUUGAUGUAGACGAUAAAGUUGAAUUAUAUCGAAAUUGGCUUGGUCUGAUGAAGGGAACUUUAGAAGCAGAAUUUCGAAAAGGCAAAGAAAUCAUCUGUCGAAAAUUAAAAUCGGAUCGAAUUUACACAUCGAAAACCGGUGCAGAAUUAUGUUUACCUGGACGAUCACUUCUUUUUAUUCGUCAUGUUGGCCAUUUGCUGUACACAGAUGCGAUUCUAUCUGAAAAUAACGAAGAAAUACCCGAGGGUAUACUUGAUGCCUUAGUAACAACAUUGAUUGCUUUGCAUGAUCUGAAUGGAAAUCGGACAGGGAGGAUAAGAAAUACUCGUAAAGGUUCAAUUUACAUUGUCAAACCAAAACAACACGGUCCCGAGGAAGUUGCAUUUACUUCGCAUUUAUUUGCUCGCGUCGAAGAUCUUUUGAAACUACCCCGUUUCACACUCAAGAUUGGUGUUAUGGACGAAGAACGUCGCACAACCGUCAACCUCCAUGCAUGUAUUCGAGAAGUAAAAGAUCGUCUAGUAUUUAUCAACACUGGAUUUCUCGAUCGUACUGGGGAUGAAAUUCAUACGUCAAUGGAAGCAGGUGCGCUCGUACGUAAAGCUCAAAUGAGAGAAACGAAAUGGUUAAAUGCCUAUGAGACGAACAAUGUCGCUAUUGGAUUAAGAUGUGGCUUGUCCGAACGUGCACAGAUUGGCAAAGGAAUGUGGGCAAUCCCAGACAAAAUGGCAUUGAUGGUGGAACAAAAGAUCAGUCAUCCUAAAACAGGAGCUACAUGUGCAUGGGUACCAUCACCAACGGCUGCUAUUCUGCAUGCACUUCAUUAUCAUCAAGUCAAUGUUUUUGCCCGUCAAAUAGAAUUACUUUCGUCACUUGAAUUAGAAAAAGAUUAUCUCGAUGAUUUGCUAACUAUUCCGGUGUUAACAACAAGCCUUACUAAAGAAGAAAUACAACAUGAGUUAGAGAAUAAUUCUCAAAGUAUACUCGGUUAUGUCGUUCGUUGGAUUGAUCAAGGUAUCGGUUGCUCAAAAGUACCCGAUAUUGAUGACAUCGGAAUGAUGGAAGAUCGAGCAACGUUAAGAAUUUCUAGUCAGUUGAUGGCUAAUUGGUUACGGCACGGAUUAAUUACGAAAGACCAAGUAGAAGAAACAAUGAAGAGAAUGGCUUAUGUCGUCGAUCGACAAAAUGCUGAUGAUGCAGCUUAUCAGCCAAUGGCAAAGAAUUUUGAUCAGAAUGUAGCUUUUCAAGCUGCAUUGGAAUUGAUACUUGACGGUGAUAAACAACCGAAUGGAUACACGGAACUGAUUCUACACCGUCGACGUCGGCAAUUUAAAGCUCAACACUAA